GAGGUUAUAGGUACAAUGACUAUGGAUUACUUUUGGUGAUAUUCAUCAAAAUAAGCACCAGUUUGUUUGUAUGUAUUGAUUGUUAGUGAUAAUCAAAAUGAAAUUCUUCACUAAUUCAGCAAAAUCCGUCGCUCGUAUUGGUACAUUAACCAACUUCGAAAGGAUUCCUACAAUUAGUUUCGAAACUCCUCUUGCCCUUAUUUAUACGAAGGGAGGAAGUGUACCACAUUUAACCAAAGAUGUUUUUAAAAUGGUCACCACAGAUCCGCAACUUCUGUCUGUUUCAUUACCUUCUACUCUUAUAAUGACUGAAGCAAUGAAAGAAGCUAAUAUUAGUUUUUCAAAUUUUGUUAGUAUGCAGGAACACAUAAAUAUGUUAACAAUUCAUGAUCCAGCUGAUCUUACACCUUCAGGGCAUCAAAUGCUUGAUACCAUUCCUGUCUGGCCUAGAUCUGGCAGAAUCCAAAUGUCAGCUAACAAGUAUAUGGAUCUUGUUGAAACAUUUAAACCUGACUGCUAUGUUGCCUUAUGUGAUGGGGACACUAACAUUGAUAGUAGCAAAAAAAGAUCUGAAAAUGCAGUUAAUCGUAGUAAAACACUGUUUGAGCAAUGUUUAUCCAGGCAUACUGCUUCAGAAAGUUUAAAAUCAACAGGAAUAUUAGGUGCUAUUGAAGGAGGCUAUAAUGUCGAUGCUAGAUUAGCAUCAAUAGAUUAUUUAAAAGAUAAACCUGUAUUAGGAUAUGUGAUAGACGGAUUGCAUAAUAAUGGACCACUUGUACACAGUAUUACAUCAGAACAAAUUAAGCAAAUAGUAGAACAGGCUGUGAGUUUGUUACCUUCUGAAAAAUUGAAAGUAUCAAUGGGAUGCUGGAAUCCACCUACAGUGUUAGAUCUUAUUGAACUAGGUAUAGAUGUGAUAUCGUUUAGAGACAUAAGAUAUGAAGAAGACUUUUCUCCAAUAUGUUCUCAUUGUGAAUGUCUUACGUGUAAAAAUCACACUAGAGCAUAUUUAUACCAUUUACGAAAUACCAGGGAAAUGCUACUUGACGUGUUGUUAAUGAUACACAAUAUUCAUCACUAUCUAGAAUUCUUUAAAGCUAUUCGAGAGAAUAUAAAAAGUGGCACUUUUGACGAGUUGAAGCAAAAAAUUAAUUUAAAAUUUGAAAACUUUGGCAUAUUGGAAUCGUGUAAAGUUGUUGUUGCGGAAGAACUAAAAUCUUCAAAUACAUAA